UCAAAAUUUAGAAUUUAGUCUAGAAAUUUUUAAAAGAAAUGUCGUAUAUGCUCCCUCACCUGUACAACGGGUGGGAAGUAGACCAAGCUAUACUUUCCGAAGAGGAUAGAGUCGUCGUUAUCAGAUUUGGAUCUGACGCAGACCCAACCUGAAUGCAAAUGGAUGAAAUCCUGUACAAAAUCUCUGAGGACGUCAGAGAAUUUGCAGUCGUCUACCUAGUUGACAACACUGAAGUGCCUGAUUUUAACACUAUGUAUGAGUUAUAUGAUCCCUGCACUGUUAUGUUCUUUUAUAGAAAUAAGCACAUUCUUGUUGAUUUUGGAACGGGAAAUCACAACAAAAUUAACUGGGCUUUCAAAGACACCCAGGAAAUGAUUGAUAUCCUCGAAGUUGUAUAUCGAGGAGCUAGUAAGGGCAAAGGGCUUGUAGUAUCGCCCAAAGACUAUUCCACUGAAUAUAAGUAUUAAGAGUGGCAUGUAUGAUGCUU